UGCUGGCUACAUGGAUAUCAUUGAUCUUGACGAUCUUGGUGCUCGUGUUAUGCGCGCUGCAUUCAGGAUCGCCACGUCGACAACUACACUGAAACCUGUACAUAUAUCUGAUUUCCCACGCCCCUCGUCCAGGGCUAAUUGUCGUGCAGGCUGUUUCGUACCUCCUCUCUCGAGGUUUCAAGUUCACCGAAACCCUUCUCAUUGAACUAAUCUCUUCAUGCCGCUAUGACAUGCCAAACCCAACCCUCGCAACACUCUCCAAGAUGCCUGACAUCGCUCCUCUCCUCCCUGGCGCCCUCACUCGUGUCAUCCGUGCUCGAUUUGAUCAUCGCCCGUUCGUGUUGGUCGUUGAUAACAUGAAGCCGAUCUAUCAUUACUUCCCGGAAGUCCGGGACCAGGUACGUGAGAAAUACCGGGGAUUGAUCAGGGAAGGGCCAGGGUGGCCGUUAUUGGGUAGUAGGUACAUCUCGGCGUAUCAGGAAGGUAUGGCUGUCGAUGUUCCCGAUUUCCUGUGUGAGAUUCUCGGGCCGGACGAUGAGAAAAUUUGUGGUCCCAUUAUGGACAAGGUCAUUUGUUUUGAGGCUACGGGUGGAAUUAAUCGGUAUUCGUAUGGUUACGCUAGUGGGGCGUCUCCACACACACACGAGUCGGUGUUCGACAAGCUCGUGAAUCGUGGUGUCAAGCUGAGGCGCGAACAUCUUCAGAUCCUUGCUGCUCAUGAGUGUGAUCCGAGCUGGCUUGACAAGUACUUCUGCAUUCUCCAAAACCAGCUCCUGGCGGAGAAGAAGGAGAAGGAGGCACCGAGGAAGGCUGCGAGGGCCGUGUCUGAUGAAGACUGGACGGAUGCUCCAUCUACUCGGACGCGUAACCGUAACUCCAGGAUCAUCACGGAGCAGGAUGUGGGUGGCCCUUGCACGCGGACAAGAAACCGCACAGCCGAGGUAGCUAGGUUGAACGCAGAAGCCAACAAAGAUCCACUCGAAGCCUGGAUCAAGGCAUUCGAAGAGUGCUUAACGACCCUCCGUGGGUACAACCUCCAAGGCACGAAGAAGAGGAAAGUUCACAAGUCGCAAAAGGCGUCGCAUAUGUACUUGAUCAACAAGGAUUGUUGAAGGAGGUGAAGGCGGGGAAGUAGGUGGAUAUGGGCAUGGAUUGAGUGAGUAUGUACGAGUAUAAUCUUAAUGGGCUGGUUUUGCAGUUUAGGGGCUAUUGGUAGUC